UGCCGCCGCCGCCGCCGCCGCCGGGCCUCAGCGAGCGGAGCCGCGAUGGGUAAGUGAGGAAGCCGGGCGAUUGGGGGUCCCCGGGCUCUGGCGAGGAGCUGUCUGCGGCCUGCGGAGAUGUCGGCGUCCUCUCCAGAGACCAUGGCGAGCCCAGGAAAAGACAAUUAUCGAAUGAAGAGCUAUAAGAACAAUGCCCUAAACCCUGAGGAAAUGAGGCGAAGAAGAGAAGAAGAGGGUAUACAGCUCCGGAAGCAGAAGCGGGAGCAACAACUUUUUAAACGGAGAAAUGUAGAGCUGAUCAAUGAAGAAGCUGCAAUGUUCGAUAGUCUGCUGAUGGACUCCUAUGUGAGCUCUACAACUGGGGAGAGUGUGAUCACAAGAGAAAUGGUGGAGAUGCUCUUCUCCGAUGAUUCUGACAUGCAGUUAGCAACCACACAAAAAUUCCGGAAACUUCUCUCCAAAGAGCCAAGUCCUCCAAUAGAUGAAGUUAUUAACACUCCAGGAGUAGUUGACCGGUUUGUACAGUUUCUGAAGAGGAAUGAGAAUUGUACAUUACAGUUUGAAGCUGCCUGGGCUCUAACAAACAUUGCCUCUGGAACCUCUCAGCAGACCAAAAUUGUCAUUGAAGCAGGGGCUGUCCCCAUUUUUAUAGAGCUGCUUAACUCAGACUUUGAGGAUGUACAGGAACAGGCAGUCUGGGCUCUGGGAAACAUAGCUGGAGACAGUUCCGUUUGCCGAGAUUACGUCUUGAAUUGUUCCAUCCUUAAUCCUUUAUUAACACUCCUUACCAAGUCCACACGACUAACAAUGACACGGAAUGCAGUUUGGGCUCUCUCAAAUCUCUGCAGAGGGAAGAACCCACCUCCAGAGUUUGCAAAGGUCUCUCCUUGUUUGCCUGUAUUGUCUCGCCUACUCUUCAGCAGUGACUCCGACUUGUUGGCCGAUGCUUGCUGGGCCCUCUCUUAUCUAUCUGAUGGACCCAAUGAGAAAAUCCAGGCAGUCAUUGACUCUGGAGUCUGCCGGAGAUUGGUAGAGCUUCUGAUGCAUAACGAUUACAAAGUGGCUUCUCCUGCCCUGAGAGCUGUGGGUAACAUUGUCACUGGGGAUGAUAUCCAGACCCAGGUUAUUCUUAACUGUUCAGCCCUCCCUUGCCUUCUACAUUUGCUGAGCAGCUCCAAAGAGUCAAUUCGGAAGGAAGCUUGCUGGACCAUUUCAAACAUUACUGCUGGCAACAGGGCUCAAAUACAGGCUGUCAUAGAUGCAAAUAUCUUCCCUGUGUUGAUUGAAAUCCUUCAGAAAGCAGAGUUCAGAACAAGAAAAGAGGCAGCCUGGGCCAUUACCAAUGCCACAUCAGGAGGAACCCCAGAGCAGAUCAGGUACCUCGUAUCAUUGGGCUGCAUCAAACCCCUGUGUGAUUUGCUGACGGUAAUGGAUUCAAAGAUUGUGCAAGUGGCCCUCAAUGGACUCGAGAACAUCCUGAGGCUUGGUGAACAAGAGGGCAAGCGUAGUGGCUCCGGGGUCAAUCCCUACUGUGGCCUCAUUGAAGAAGCCUAUGGUUUGGAUAAAAUUGAAUUUCUCCAGAGCCACGAGAACCAGGAGAUCUACCAGAAAGCCUUUGACCUCAUUGAGCACUACUUUGGUGUAGAAGAUGAUGAUAGCAGCCUGGCUCCCCAGGUGGAUGAAACACAACAGCAGUUCAUCUUCCAACAGCCCGAGGCCCCCAUGGAGGGCUUCCAGCUAUAAUGUCUGCCUCCAGGGAGGGGAAGGGAUGGGACGGACCACCAGCCAGCAGAAGAGCAGCCCUCUGAUGGGCGGGAAAACAGCCUCCCCACCAUCAGCCACCAUAUACCUGCUGCCCUGGAGACUGUGCUCUUGACCUGCUCCACCCCCUUCCCUGGAGGGAGCACCCUCUGGACAGACAGAACCAUCUGAGGCUCCCAUUUGGGUUUUGUGACAAGAAGGGGGUGUGUUGGGUUUCCUUCCUUACACUCUGUUCUGGCUGCACACAUGUCUUUAUAACCCAGGAGCCCAAGGAUAGACGAAAGAGGACUGAGGUAAUCAAUUUGCACCUUUUUGAAUUUUUUUUCCUUUUUUUCUUCAGUGGUGACUUCCUUCCCUUUUAUUUUCCUUCCUCCUUCCCAGUCCUCUGCCCUGAUUUGUGUAACUCUUACCUUGGGUACUUGAGCAGAGGGAAUAUCCCAGAGGGGAGAGGGGGGAAGGGAGGGAAGAAGUCCAAAACAAAGUGUUCUUGCUCUGACAGAAUAUUAAUCUUGUAUACGUGGAUUGAGUUAUUUAAUUUUUUUCUUUUGCACAUUUUUGUUGUAUUAAGGUUGCUCUUCCCAAGAGCCGUGAGUUCCUGAUUUUAGAAAUCCCAGCUGCCAGCAUCGUGUGGCAUAGAGGCCAUGGGGAGGCCACUAUGAAAGAAAGACUCCUCCCUCCCUCUGACCAUUUGCCCAGCCCUCUUUAAUUUGGGAGAGCCCCUCACUCUCCUGGGGCAAGUACACCAUUGGGAGUGGAGGGGCGGAACCCAGGCCUCCCCACAGGGCUUCCAAUGUGUAGCUACUGACCAUUUCCUACCCACCUUCCAAAUGGUGCAACCCAACUUCAUUUGUUUACUUGAAAAUUCCACUCAGAGUUGAAUUCACCUCUGGGGUGGCUGUAUUUUCUCCUAAGCUCAAGGCAGGGGGCUGUGGUCCUUCCUUUCUCCAGAGGAGAAAGUCCUUGCUCUGGUUGACCCACAAGUUAGAGGAGGCUGGAGUGAUAGUGUCAUGUAUUGGGAUAGUCAGGGAUCCCUGCCUUUGGCCUUUCUUCUUUCUCUUCCAUAGUUGGAUCAUGUAUAUUUUACUUCCAAAAAAGACAAUGUCAAAAAGUUCUGUAUUUUUUUAUAUUCUAUAUAGUAGGUAUGUCCGUCUUAAUUGGUCUGAAGAGGAGGAACACUAUAACUUCUGUGAGUAGGGUACUGUGAGGAAGUCCGAAAAGCGAUGUUAAAGCUGCCUCACUCAGGAGGCCUGAACUUGGUCCUUUUCCUUUCUACUUAGCUUCUGGGCCACCACUUGGGACCAACCCUCAGUUGUGGAACUCUUAUAAAGCAAGUCAGCCUAGUCUGACUGUUCAGUACCUGGAGGGAACUGGUGAAGUCUUAGGCGAAGUCUACCACUAGUCCUUCCUUCUGGAUACCCGAAAAGCAGACUUAUCUUUUCAAAUUCAAUCCUAAGGGCCAUUGUCCAUAUGUUUUCACACACAGCUGUCUCUCCUAUGAUCAUAGAAAUUUAGAAGCCUGAAUGCCUUUGUGAGAGCUGUUGGUGUUGUCCUUGUUUGAGAUUCUUGUAUCUUGUUUGGGUUUUCCUUUCCAUGUGACAAUUAUAAUCCAGAUUCCUUUUCUUAGUAAAACUAGUGCAGUGCCUCAGUGGCUUGCUUUUGCCUAGUGAAGUUGUACAUGGCAAUAAAGCCCAGAAAUGUUGGGAGUGGAAGUGUGGAGGAAGUUGUCAGCUAAGUGUAGACCAGUGGAGGAGCUCGUAGUCCAGUGUGUCCAGUCCCUAAAUCCUCACUGAGGUUAGGCAGAGGUAUUCUUCUCUAAGCUACACUUUUUGUCCCCCAGUUGUUCUCACUACCAUUCCUACAUAACCUCUUUAACUCAGGUGAAAUCUCUACCCCUCUGCUUGUAGAAAUUGUUAGCCAUUGAUCUUGAAUUGCCCUCUCCUAGAGCUGAGGUUUCCACUCAAAAGCAAUUUUGAGGAAGGUACAUCAACGUUGAAAAAUUAUAUCUAUGUUGUGUGACCUUGAUGAAUCAGAUUUCACUCAAUUUAGGAAUAAUGACUACAAACUCAAUAUCCUAGGAAAGGAAGAAGAGAGGAGCUGAAGGACCUUUUUCUUUUGGCCUACUACCUCCAUUACAAAACCAUUCUACAGUUCAAAGAAAAGCCUCCACCACUCAGAGGCUGCAUUCUUUUAGUACAACAUGUAGACAGACUUCAGAGAAAAUUGGUCUCUAGAGUUCCUUUGUCUUUGCCAAACCAUGUUUCUCCCAUAUUCUCCUUGAAUCGUGCUCCAGUCUGCAGGUGAAGUUUCCCUGCCCACAGAGUAGUAACAUCUUUUGUUACUACCCUUUCUCCUUUUUCCAUCUUGCUACUCUUGUGGACAGCCCCCCAUGGAACUCUAGAUCCUGGCCUAAGUGAGGACAGAGCUUUUCUAGCAAGUUUAUGAAUAGUUAUUGCCAGGCUGGCCUAUAGAGCUUUCAAGCUAUAAAGAACAGUGUGAUAUGCUGAGGCAUGUUUUUGGAAUCCUCAUAUGUUAGCACAUGGCUUUUAAUAUCCUUGGAGGGGGCACUGGUAUCUAUGUGUAUGGAUUAAGAGAACAGGAGCCUUUUCUUAGUGCACAUUUAAAUACUGUUUUGAACAAUUAUUUAUUACCAGCUUCUGUAGGCAUUCUACCCCUAAAUCAUCUUUACUACUAACAGGAUUUCUGGUAUUAGAAACCUGUGCUCAAUUUCUAGUUAACCUCAGUGAACACCAGGCCUUGAUGGUGCCUGCAGCCUUUUGGUAGAACCAUGUGGCUUUUGUCCUCAGAUUGCCAGCCUAGGUAUAAAGGCAUAAGUGACCCAGAAAACAGGUAUUAAUGACCUCUAUUUUUGAAGGCCCCCAGUGUACCUCCUUACUUCAGACCCUUACACCAGUUCUCCCCUCUGAAGCCAUCUACCAAGAGCCCCAUUCUUUGGAGCUAAAUGGCACACAUUGUAGCUGCUAUUGUAUUAGUUAAGGGAGAGGAAAAGAAGGCUCUUAGGCAAAGGCUUUCUGUUUUUCUCUCAAGCCGAACAAGUUGAGAAACAAUUCUAGAGAGCUGAUUAAGCUGUUUCCAUUUUAUCAUGUCUACUUGCCUGUGAAGCAUAGAAAAGCCUAGCAGUUCUAACCUCCUCACUCCACAAACCCCUCUCCCUAGCUCAUUUGUUCAGCCUAUCACUUCUUCCCUACACUGACCAGCUCCUAGGUAUUCUUCAGUGGAUUCAGCUUGUGGGCUCAGAGUCUAUAGCUUUUUGGUUGAAAACAGGGAACCACUUCUCUAAGGCCCUGCAAGUACUCAAAAGACAAAAUUGAGAAGACAGAUCUGGCUUGAGACUUCCUGGCAAGGUAGGAGGGUACAAGGCUUAUUUGGAGCAUAGGAAGUGCUCAUGACCAAUAGCACCAUCAGGUAGUGAGAAUCAGACUUAAACAUUUUAGGCCAACAUCAUCAGCACUUUUGUUACUCUCUUGUGUUUUACCUUUUGUAUCCUUUUAUCAAACCAGCAAGAUGACAAUUUGGCCCUGUACACAUCCCAGUGGUGGUACUAGCUGCUGUGGGGCCUAGGCCUCCAUAAAUGGUUUCUAUCCCCUAGCCCACCCCAGAGCAAGAUGGCACGGGAAGAGUUUGAAAUCAAAACCAACCAUAUCUGUGAACUAAUAAACCUGUUAGUUUUCUUUGAGAAGACAUGCUUUGUGAAGGCCUAGCCCUUGUGCAGGACCAAAGCUGACAGUGUGAGAAGCAGUGUUAAACAGGGACCCAGAACAUCCUAGGAGAAAGAAAGUUUAUGUGCUCUUUUCAGGGGCUUGAGCCUGCCUACCUACUUCUAGGCCAGCCUGACUUCUAAUGUCUACAUUAGAACAUGCUGGAACUGCUCUGUGACACGCUGGCUCUGCUCUCUCUGAUUUUUUAUUAUUUUGUCCCUGGGUGUUGGGGGAGAGAGCUGCAUGCCAUGUUCAGGAGAGCUGCAAAGGAAGUCACAGCUCAGAUCAUGGACUGGGAAUUUGGGCUCAGAGGCGCUUUACAAAUUUGUACUCUGAGUGAACCCUCAGGCCCUGGAUGUGGGGGUUGGCCUUGUUUGCCAGCUUCUGUUGGAAAUACCCUUUUUUUACUUAAUAAGGGAAAGGGAUAUGGGAUCUCAGCGACCUAAGAAACAGGAUGUCCAUCAAGAAGACUUUGGGUUUCCAGCAAAGGACCCUUAUAUGGUGAAUUGAAUCCUUCUCAUUGGUUUUGCUUUUCAGAUCCAUUGGCUUUUUUUCUAAGAACUGAUUAUUCUGGCUAUUUUUCAUAUUCUCAGGGCCCCUGGGUGUAGAUAGACGAAGCUUGAUGAUUUCGGAGCAGACAUAGGCCAAGCAACCAUGGCAUUGAGUGUGCUGAGUCCAGACAAAUGAUAUUUAUAUACACAUCCAAAUUUGAAGAGAAAAUGUAUUUCUUUAGGUUUCAAACACUGUAAUAGAUACAAAGAAAAAAUAAAAACCUGUUGAAAAUUCUAAA